GUCUGCAGUUGCGGACUGCAGCCAUGGCGGGGCCUGAAUGGCCGUCGCUGGAGCAGUGCUUGGAGAAGCACCUGCCGCCCGCAGACUUGCGGGAGGUGAAACGCAUUCUCUAUGGCAAGGAGACCAGGAAGCUCGAUCUGCCUGACAGGGCUUUCGAAGCCGCCUCCGAAGGGGAGUUUGAGCUGCAGGGAUAUGCCUUUGAGGCGGCAGAGGAGCAGCUGAGGCCAGCUCAGACCGUGCGUGUGGGGCUGGUUCAGAGCAGAACCCCCCUCCCUGCGGAUGCCCCUGUGGCAAAACAGGUCGCUGCCGCACACAGACGCAUGGAGGCCAUCGUAGAGGUGGCUGCAAUGUGUGGAGUCAACAUCAUCUGUUUCCAGGAAGCAUGGACUAUGCCCUUUUUCUUCUGUACGAGGGAGAAGCUUCCGUGGACAGAAUUUGCCGAGUCGGCAGAGGACGGGCCCACCACCAGAUUCUGUCAGAAGCUGGCAAAGAAGCAUGACAUGGUGGUGGUAUCCCCCAUCCUGGAACGAGACACAGAGCACGGGGACGUUUUGUGGAACACAGCUGUGGUGAUCUCCAGUUCUGGAGCAGUCCUGGGAAAGACCAGGAAAAACCACAUCCCCAGAGUGGGUGAUUUCAACGAGUCGUCCUACUACAUGGAGGGAAACCUGGGCCACCCUGUGUUCCAGACUCGGUUCGGGAGGAUCGCAGUGAACAUUUGCUUUGGGCGUCACCACCCCCUCAACUGGCUCAUGUACAGCGUCAAUGGGGCCGAGAUCAUCUUCAACCCCUCGGCCACCACCGGAGCUCUCAGUGAGUCCCUGUGGCCAAUCGAGGCCAGAAAUGCAGCCAUUGCCAAUCACUGUUUCACCUGCGCCAUCAACCGCGUGGGCGAGGAGCACUUUCCGAAUGAGUUUACCUCUGGAGAUGGGAAGAAAGCUCACCGGGACUUCGGCUACUUCUACGGCUCGAGCUACGUGGCAGCCCCCAACAGCAGCCGCACUCCCGGGCUCUCCCGCAGCCAGGACGGGCUGCUGGUUGCUGAGCUCGACCUCAACCUCUGCCGGCAGGCGAACGACAGCUGGAACUUCAAGAUGACGGGCAGAUAUGAGAUGUAUGCGCGGGAGCUUGCGGAAGCUGUCAAACCCAACUACAGCCCCAACAUCGUGAAAGAGUAGCUGGCCUCAGCCCCUGCCCGCCAAGGAGGGCACCUCUGCCCCAACAGAGCAGCCAGGCGGCAAGCUUCACGAGUCCAAGUUCUCCCUGAUGAUGCCUGAUAACCUUGCUUCGCAGAUUGGUUUAAAAAUGCCUAGAUGGGGAGGGUAGAAUAAGGAGCAAUGCUUAAUAGGUACGAGGUUUGCUCUGGGGUGAUGAAAAUGUUUUGGGAUAGAGGUGAUGGUUAUACAACCUUGUGAAUGUGCUAAGUACAACUGAAUUGUUACUUUAAAAUGGUUAAAUUUAUGUUGUGUGAAUUUUACGUCAGUUUUUAAAAAAUGCCCAGGCACUGACUAUGCCAUUUGAUUUGAAGUUAGGCAGAUGGGAUGCCCAGUCCUGAGGGCCCUCACUUCUCCGUUUAGACUGUCAGCAGCUUGAGGGUAAGGGUGGGAAUGUGCGCUAGUGGGAGAGGGUGAGUCUGGGCCAGAGUUGCUGAGCUGCUGGAGGGCUGCGUGCAGGCGGGGCGGCCAGUGGAGGUGUCAGCUUGGCAGCCACAGUCUCCGUUAUUCACUCAGACACUAAUCUGAGUGUGCUGUGAAGGUAUUUUGUAGAUGCGAUUAAAGUCUUUAAUCAGUUAACUAAGCAAGUGAGAUUAUCCUAGAUAAUCCGGGUAGGCCUGAUUCAAUCAGUUGAGAGGUCCUAAUUGCAUAGCUGAGCUUCCCUGAUGAAGAGGAAAUUCUGCCUAUGGACAGCGGCUUCAGCCUAUGCCUGAGAGCUCCAGAGUUCCUGACGGCCUGCCCUACGGGCUCCAGACUUAUCUAUCCAACCCCCAGGUCCUUACAUCAAUACCUUGGAAUCAGUCUCUUAAGGUAUAUCCUACUGGUUCUUCUCUGGUUGCAUCCUGACUGAUACAGAUUCUGAGACUGGAAGUUGUCCUAGAGGAACAGAAUCUUAAGGAUGAGUUUUCUGCAUUGGUUCUAGGUUUUCUGGAAUUCUCAAAUUUGAUUGGAUUUAAAGGCACUAAUGAUUCUGUUUCCAGUGGUAAAGAGAGCAAUGGUAGUCCAUGGUAUGAUGUGGCCAGAGAGAUUUAUGUAUAGAGCAGGCCAUCAGCCUGUGCCCGAGAGUUCCAGCCUGCCCUUCCUGGUGGCCCGCCCUAUCUUGGAUUUUGGGCUUGAGUAACCAGUCUCCCAUCAUCAUGUAAAUCAAUUCCUUGUACUAAAUCAAGCCUUAAUAAAUUUUAAAAGAUUGAAAUUAUACGAAGUAUCUUUUCUGAUCACAGUGGAAUGAAACUAGAAAUCAGUAGCAGAAAGAAAAUUUUAAAAUAUGUGAAAAUUAACCUACUCAUUCUUAAACAACCAAUGGAUCAAAAAAAUCACAGGAAAUUAGAAAAGAUCUUGAGACAAAUGAAAACAAGAACAAAACACACCAAAACUUAUAGGAGGUAAUGAAAGCAGUGCCAGAAGGUAAUUUAGAGCUGUAAACACUUACAUUAAAAAAGAAGAAAGAUCUCAAAUCAAAAGCCAAAUUAUACACCUGAAGGAACUAGAAAAGAAGAGCAAACUAAACCCAAAGCUAAGAGUAGGAAGGAAACAAUAAAGAUUAGAGCGGAGAUAAAUAAAAUAGAGACUAGAAAAACAAUAGAGAAAAUCAACGAAACCAAAAGUUGGUUCUUCAAAAAGAUCAACCAGAUUGACUAAACUGUAGCUAAAUUGACUAA